CGACAUGGCGGCCGCAGCGGCGGGGCUGGUGGCGGCGGCGGCGGCGCUGGGCGCCCUGCUGAUGGCGCCCGGCCUCACGCAGCCGCACUGGGAGGGCCCGCCGGAGGGGAGCGGGGCCGGGCCCCGCGGCGGGGCGGCGGCGGAGCGGCGGCCCCCGGGGCGGAUGGACCAGGCCUUGCUGCUCGUCCGUAACGAGCUGCCCGCGCAGGGCCUCCGCCUCGCCGCCCUCUCCGACUCCUGCCACCAGUGCUUGUAUCAGUUCCUGGCGUUUGUCCCACCAAGCAACGGGAGCCUGAGAAAACCUGGCGUGGCGGCGGUAAUGGUCGAUACCCAGCAUCCACUCACGCUGCUGCUCAACGGCUCUGUGGGUGACAGAUUGCUCUGCAAGAUUCAGUAUCAUUUUGGAGAGUUUGGCAAUUAUUCCCUUGUGGUAAAGACCCUAAGUGCAAGCACCAAAACUGUUUCUUGUGACCUAGUCAUCAAUGAAGGCCCUAUCAACAGCUACCUCCCUAUUGUCUUUGCUUUCCUGGUUUACAUGGGGAUCCUUGCUCUCCUGAUUGUGGGGCGCCUUUUUAUGAAAAUUGAUCCAGUCAGAAACUGGGUUUACAAGAAACUGAACCCCAGAGAAACUGAUCAUCUGAUUAAUUCUGUGGAGUGUGGAGCAUCUGCAAAUAUUAUUGCAAUAUGGUGGAGCCAUGGAGGGGCUAGAAGUAGCAAGUGGGGAAACAAAAGGAAAAGGAAGAUGGGGAGAACAAAGACAAACACAGAGCUUGGGUCCCCGAACACAACAGACUCCGUUAGCAGUGAUCCCACCCUGCAUUUGUGGAGCACAGCUUCUCGGCAGCGGCUGCGUUCCCUGGACACAUUCCGAGGGCUCUCUCUUAUAAUUAUGGUGUUUGUUAACUAUGGAGGAGGAAAAUACUGGUUCUUCAAACAUGAGAGUUGGAACGGAUUAACAGUGGCAGAUCUGGUGUUUCCAUGGUUUGUGUUCAUCAUGGGGACAUCGAUAUCAUUGUCACUGAGCUCCAUGCUGAGGCGGGGAAGUUCCAAGCAGAAGUUGCUUGGGAAAAUCCUCUGGAGGAGUUUUCUGCUAAUUCUGCUGGGAAUCAUAGUUGUGAAUCCCAAUUACUGCCUUGGACCAUUGUCCUGGGAUAAUCUGCGUAUUCCUGGUGUGCUCCAGAGGCUGGGAUUCACAUACCUGGUGGUUGCUGCUCUCGAACUCCUGUUUACAAGAGCUGGGGCUGAGAGUAGGACCUUGGAGAUGCCAUGUCCUGCUCUGCAGGAUAUUCUCCCUUACUGGCCACAGUGGAUUUUCAUUCUGAUGUUAGAAGUGAUUUGGCUCUGCCUGACCUUUUUGUUACCAGUGCCAGGUUGUCCCAGGGGCUAUCUUGGUCCUGGGGGCAUUGGAGACUUUGGAAACUAUCCCAACUGCACUGGAGGAGCAGCUGGUUACAUUGAUCGUUUGCUUCUUGGAGAAAAGCAUAUAUAUCAGCAUCCCUCUUCAAGUGUGAUUUACCAAACAACAAUGCCAUAUGAUCCUGAAGGGAUCCUGGGGACCAUAAAUACCAUUCUUAUGGCAUUUCUGGGACUGCAGGCGGGAAAAAUUAUCUUGUUGUACAAAGACCAGCACAAACAAAUUAUGAGUCGGUUCGUCAUAUGGAGCAUAGUAAUGGGAAUUAUUUCUGCUAUCUUGACAAAAUGUUCUAAAGAAGAAGGGUUUAUUCCCAUAAACAAGAACUUAUGGUCAAUAUCGUAUGUGACAACCAUGAGCUGCUUUGCCUUCAUCCUCUUACUGCUGAUAUAUUACCUUGUGGAUGUCAAGAGACUAUGGUCAGGUGCUCCAUUUUUCUACCCAGGAAUGAAUUCAAUCCUGGUCUACAUUGGACAUGAAGUGUUUGAAAACUAUUUCCCUUUUAAGUGGAAGAUGCAAGACAGUCAAUCCCACGCAGAGCAUCUGACUCAAAACCUCACUGCAACAACUCUUUGGGUCAUAAUAUCAUAUUUACUUUACAGGAGAAGGAUAUUUUGGAAAAUCUGAUAGAGGUGGUCAAGGUGUAGCGGGCCCAGAUUCUGAUGGGGCAAGUGCCUAAGGUGGAUUAGCCUGAAAUAUUGCCACUCGUGCUAGGCAGUAUUACUAAAAAGGGAUACUAGUUCAAGUUUACAGUGCCAUGGAAGUUGUCAUCAAGACACUUUUAUGUGACUUAAGGGACAAUAUUUUCCUAUUUAGCAAAAACUUACUAGUCUGCUGCAGUUGCUCUCUUUCUGUUUUCUGUAUUUUGUAAAUAUUUUACUGAUCUCCCUCCUUAAUAUAGAGAAACAACAUACCACAACAGUUGGGCAAAGACAGCCUGAUGGUGCUUACAAAAGGAACUGCAAGGGAUAUGGGUGGUGACUGCAAGGGGUUAUCAGAAUGGGACUGUGGUAACAGUCGCUGCAUCUGACAAGGCACCCCCUAACUCACAUGGUCUGGAGUUCGCGUAUACCCUUGGCACUUGCCAUGUGCCUGUGCCACUCUGGCUACUGGCACACAUUUAACUCAGCCAUCUUUUUGACUUGGCAGCGCUGGCAGCAUCCUCAGCCCUGCACUUGGGUUGGCGGUACAGUGACUGUCUGGGAAAGCUCAGGGGCACCUCUGUGCUACAGCAUGCUGUAGAAAGUGGUGACUCAACUGAUCAUUCUUCAUUGUGUUCUUCCAAUCUGGUCUUGGAUCAAAACCUUAGGUUUAGGAUCCUGCUGAAGCCUGCUGCCAAAGAUGUCUUCUGUUGGCUUAUUAAUCAGCAUGCUGCUGCUACAGGUUUAGCAGCCCAUCUGUGCAUGUUCUGGGCCUUUGUGUUACAUACCUCUAGCAUGGAUAAGGUCCAAGUUUCACAUGCUACACUCUAAGAGUGCAGAAAGGCCAGUUCCUAUUGACUUUGUAUAAUCACUUGGGUAUUACCGAAGUUUGAUCAAAGCGAUCCUCUUUAAAAAUGGAUUUACAUAAGGGCCCUGAAUCUGAAAACCAGCAAUACAGGUAGAAUUCAACUAAAAAGGAGGAGAUAACAGACCAAGUCAAUGUAAGAUAUUAGUUUUUGGCAACUCGGGAAAUUCACUCAUGCUGUGAUUUCCAAACUAGUGCUAAUAAAAAGCCUGAAAUAC